GUGGCCAGGGACCAAUCGAUCUCGUCCCCAGUACUUGCACCAAUUCUUUGGUACGCUCACCUGGAAUCGGCAAUUCUACGUUGCUCCGGGGCCUUGAAGUUCUUCUAUCAUCUUCUGGCAAUCCUUAAGUCUUGACAUUAUGGAGACCAUUAACCUGAGAUGCACCUGGAUGGUUCAUCUGCCUUUGCUUUGGAUUCCUUUGAUAAUGUGGUCUGGAAUAACGACAGUGACAGACUGUCAGGAAACCUGGUUAGCGACUGGAUACAUUUUGAAAGACCAACCGGCGUAUUCGACCACCAUGUGGACUCCCAGCAACUUGGUAUGUGCUCUCCAUGCCAGACGAUCCAUGUCCUCCAAGUUUGUUUACGCAAAUGAGACCUGUGACUUAUAUGAGAGCGUCAGUGAAACUUCAGGUCCGACCAUGAAAUUCGCCAAAAGCAUUUCUGCCAACUUGUUGGAGGAAAUCGCCAGGGGAAAGAACACCUUUGCUAGCACGCAAUAUUCGUAUUACGCAAAAGGAUUGGCUGUCGAUGGAAACAUAUCGACAUCGUACUAUUCUCUGUAUUUAGUACAGUACCCUUUCUUGAUGGUCGAUUUAGGGGAAGUUCGAACUGUGUAUCUGGUCAAGAUCCUCCCUGUGAACGAUGGCGACUUCAACAACAUUGAGGUCCGUCUUGGAAUGGACCUUCUGACAACGGGGGACUUCUCGUCCUACACCUUGCUGGCCAGAUACGCUGGGCCUUACCUGUCGGCUCAGCAAUACCUAUCCAUCUACUCACCAGGUGUCCCUGGGAGGUAUCUCAGUAUCCAAAAGGUUCCACCUGGCGAUAACCUUAUAUGGAUCAUAGAGGUGGAGGUGUACGCACUGAAGAAGCCUUAAAAGGAAACCCUUAAUUACAACCGAAUGUUAGACAUCUGUAGCAGUGGACGUACUGGAACAUCAUCAGAGAGAUCUGUAGCAGUGGUCGUACUGGAACAUCAUCAGAGAGAUCUGUAGCAAUGGUCGUACUGGAACAUCAUCAGGGGGGAGAAAAGAAAGAUGUCCCUUUUUUCAUCGUUCAAUGAUGCCAUUUCUCUUCUUUGAUUGUCUACAAAGAGAUUUUAAAUUGAAUUUUUCUGAUGUUCAGUAUAAGAAUGGACGAUGUUGUAACUCAAAGU